UUAAAUGGCAGUACUUUUGAUUCAAUAGCUUGUAAAAUGUCUGGGUUUUUUGGUCAUCUUUCUUCACUUAUCUAAUAGUAGAUAUUUAAUAGUAAAGUUAACAAUUCAACAACUAAAAUUUUCUUUUGUGGUAUCUUGGAAGAACUACAAUUUUACUCAAAUUUGUUAUUUUCUGAGGUACUCAGGCAUUCUGAGGCAUGCAGAUCUAUGUUAUACAGUAUCAUUAUACACUCUAAGAGCAUCAUCAUGCUUUAGAUGUAAAAAUAUCCAAACAGACGAUACACAUUAUUGAUUAAAUAUCUGCAUUAUAAUUAAUAUUUAUUUCUCUUCCUUCUGCAGCAAAGCUGUAAAACACAAUGGAAAAUAGAUCAAGUGUUACCACAUUUAUUCUGGAUGGCUACUUUGUAAUGGACCAGCAGAAGCUUUUGUUCUUUGUUAUUUUUCUCCUACUCUAUAUUGCAAUUUUUAUACUGAACUCACUUCUUAUUGCAAUUAUCUAUUUUGAAAGAACAUUGCAUAAUCCAAUGUAUAUCUUUGUGUGCAAUCUGUCAUGUAAUGGCAUCUUUGGUAGCACAAGUUUGAUUCCUCAUCUGUUAUUUAAUCUCACUACUGAAGUGCAUAAGAUAUCUUUAACAAAUUGUCUCAUACAAAUCUUCUGUUUACACACUUAUAAUAUUACUGAACUAACUAUAUUGGCCUUUAUGAGUUAUGACCGUUACGUUGCAAUUUGUUACCCACUUCACUAUCAUGAUAUGAUGUCAACAAAAAAGCUUCAGGUAUUUAUAUUUGUUGCAUGGGCUUAUCCAUUUGCUAGUUUUCUGAUAUAUGAGUCGUUCACAAUACGCUUAACCUUUUGCAGAGAAAUUAUAGAUAAGACUCACUGUGUAAAUUUUGAACUCAUAAAACAAUCUUGCACAGACAUCACUGUCCAUAGCAUAAUUGGACUUGGCCUAAUGGCUAUUUACGUGAUUCCACAGGUUUUAAUGAUUUUAUUUUCUUAUGCACAGAUUUUGCGUGUGUGCAUGUAUUCUUCUAAAGAAUGUCAAACCAAAGCCAUCCAAACAUGUACACCUCACCUUCUUGCUGUUUUAAAUCAUUUUGUUGGAAUCUUUUUUGAAAUAAUACAAAGUCGGCUAAAUUCAAGGUAUUUGCCAUAUGAGUUCCGGACUUUCAUGUCUUUAUAUUUUAUGAUAGUUCCUCCUCUGUUCAAUCCAGUUAUCUAUGGGAUGAGUGGUCAGGUUAUAAAUAAGCAUCUUCAGAAAUUGUUCUGUGUUAAAAACAUGGCUUUAAAAAAUUAAGACAGAGUGAAAAAGUUCCCAGACACUGUCAUUGCCUCUGUUUUGUCUUCUAUUUUUCAGUGUGGUCGUUAAGGCCCAAUUUUGUUUCUCCCACUAUUUAUCAAUAGGAAUCCAACUAAAAAUGUCUUUAAUUGAAUUAAUUUGUUUUGUCUUUUUUGAUUAUCUAAUUAAGAUGCUUCUUCUAAUCUUAACCUUUCAGGCCUUUUUAACAUGCUGUUUUAUAUUUCAAUAUAACAUCAAGACAUACUCAAACAUAUAAUUACAUAUAUGGGAUAUCUUUUUGACAGUGCCCUCAUCCACAG